AAACGCAUGUGCAAUAACUUUAAUGCAACCAUUGAAACCCUUUCGCCUAGCUAACCGAAGCUGCUCACUCCGUCACAAAACAAGUAACCCGCUGUAAAUGCUCAAUACUAUAACCGCCAUGUCAACCUACUUGCGACUGAUGUACAACAAUACACAGUGUGUAAGAAGUCAGCUAUCUUCCUAGGUUCCUUGGAUUUUAGGAGGUAGCGUCGUCAUUGGGCACCUUGCCGCAAGGACAACUCAGCCUGUGUGCAAAGCGUCUCCGCUUGCAUUACUGGAGGCAAUCUUCCCUAAGCUAUCUAUAGAGACACAUCAUUGCCACUUGCCGUGUUAACGAGCAAAGGACUCCAAGUUGCAAAUUGGGAGGUCGUAAUAAGCAACAUCCCAAGCGCAACUUUCACGAUAAAGCAAAAGAAGUGAACAAGUUCCUCACCUUCUGGAAGCUCGGACGGUUGGCUAACUCCUGAGCCCAUCCAAGUAACACCGCUAACAAGCCAUGGCCGGGAGGAUCUAUGUAGAUGCCAUCUGUCGCGUGGAACCCGGCAACAUGUCGUACAUCGACAAACUGGACGCACACCGCUUCCCAAUCCGCGAGAAACCUGUGCCGUACCACCCGAACACCACCAUCCCCGAGUCGGACCAGCAGCUGGAUGGCUCCCGCGGCGUCUACCAGCACUUCCACCGCCCCUUCAACGACCACUCGCGCUUCCUCAUCACCGCCUCCCCCCAGGCGCGCGCAGCCUACAGGGACAGCCCCCGACUGGCGCCGCCGCCCUGGGACGGCAGCACCCUAGAUGCGGACCCUGCAACAACCACCACCGCCCCCCGGCGCCCCUCCUCCGCGCCCCCUGGUGGCCGCCCCAGCGCUGUCUCCGCCGCCUCCGCCUCCGCCUCCCCGUCCCGCUCCUCCCCGCAGCGCCCCGGCAGUGCGCGGAGAGGGGGCGGCGAGGGGCAGGAUCUGGGUAUUGUGGGGGCGGGUGCCUCGCUGUUCGACAACAUGACCACCAAGACAGGCCGGCCCUGCUACACGGUCCCCUCGCUGGUCGCCGCGCACAUGGAGAGCGGCACGCCGGUGUGGGAGGCGGUUCCGGAGCGCGGCGCGGGGGACUGGCGGGUGGCGCGAGUGCAGACGUACGCGGUCCCCCCCUCGCGUGUGGGUUACGGCGAGGGCGGUGUGCGCCCCUUCCAUCAGGACUACCGCCACUACAAGUACUACGGAUUCGGGGGGCACGGAGCCAAGACCAGCUGGGCUCACAACCCCAAGUACAACAGGAUCUACGCCGACUUCUUCAGCGCCGACCCACGGGACACCACAGUGGUGGUCAGCGGCGGCUACGACGAGCCCUCCGCGCCGCCACUGCAGGAGAGCCUGGACGGCCCGCGCCGCCCGCUGACCCCCCUGGAGCGGCAGCUGGUGACGCAGUUCAGCUGGCACAACUACGAUGCCGAGGGGGUGCCCUCCUCCCGUGACGUGGCCCAGCUGCUGGCUGACGUGGCGGUGGGCCGCACCCCGGACGCACGCACCCUGCGGCACCUCAAGGUACCCCAGAGGUCCGCGCCGGGCGGCCCGCGCCCGCUGUCGCCUCAGCAGCUGCGCAAGCAGCAGCAGCGGGAGGCGGCGGAGGAGGCGGCGCUACUGUUUGGCAGCAGCAGCAGCGCCAGGCGGAGGGUGGCGGCAAGCACGGGAGGCGGGGCCAGACCGCAGCAAGGGCAGGGUGGGGUGCAGGGUGGGGUGCAGGGGGCGAGGUCGACGGGUGGGGGCAGCGGGAGGCCGCAGAGCGCCCCCCGGAGGAGUACGGGACAGUUACCGUUUUCGGGUGGCAAGGCGCGACCCGUGCUACUGGAGCCCUACCACACCAAGGUCGACCUGCGUGCCCCGCUCUCCCACGGUGGCGGCCCCGCCCCCGCCCCCGCCACCCCUGCUGCUGUGCACGGUCCCAACACCGCCCGUGUCACCACCUACCGCCAGCUCCCCUCACCCUACGCGGGCGAGGCCAACAGCUCCCCCAACCAUGGCUCCCAGUCGCCCUGGCACCAGCGCUACAACCACUACAAGUACGCGGGAUUCGCGGGCAAGGGCGCCACGUCUAGUUGGGCGCGGAACCCCAAGUACGCGUUCAUGUUUGAUAGCGGACGUAGUGGAUGACGGGGGGGGGCGGGUUGCCCCGGUUGUGUGGGUGUGUGGGUGAGCGUGGCUUACGACUUGUGUUUCUUUGAGUGGUAUGUUCCGACCCUUUAUACAUUUAGGGAAUGUGCGUUCGUACAGGGGAACGAGGCUUUCAAGGCUAGGUUUUAUUUAUGAAUAUAUUGAGUUGUGCGAGCUGCUUGCCAAUAUGCUACGUGGGUGUAUCCUCGCGACAUCCGAAACGGGGGCGCGCUGCGUGCGUUACUGGUGUACCGUUCAUGUCUAUCGCUGGCUGCUUGCAAUGGCCCGCUGUUGUUCGAAUUGUACGGCCGCUGAUGCUGGUGGGGCUGUGAGGGCGGCGGGCGGCCGUGAGGGCACAACUUGCAACAGGGAACAACUCAUCUAGCGAGCUGGAGGUGAGGGGAGCGUGUGGUGGUUUGGCUGGGGAUAGGAGAUCCCGUGCGUCUUUAUCGCAAGCAAUGUGCGUGACAUCAUAACUUGGUAUGUACAACUAUAUGUUUACUGGUGUUUCGUUACCGUCAACGAACUGUUUUAUAUGACUUUCACGUCUCAACAGCAGCGGUGGAGUCUCUUACCUUAUCAGAUUUACAACCCCAGCGUCGCUGCAAGGAUGGUGUGUAAACUGCAA